ACUAGUGUUAAUUUGGCUUUCAUGGCCACCAUGUCAUGAAGGCUAUUGCAUUUUUCAUGUGAUUGCUCAUCAAUCAAAUGGAACUCCAAAUAGGCUGAGCAAACCAGGUACAGAGUUACUAUUAUGGACAAAUUGGCUAUUCACUGCUAACAACAUCAUAAAAGCAACAAAAAAAAUGUGAUUGCAAAGGGAAAUCUCAUGCCGAUCGAGCCAUGAGGUAACAGAGCGAAGGCCUUCUCAAGAGUGAGUAUCGCUGUCCAUGUCAAGCCAUCCCCCGCGACAUGCCUGCAAGUAUCUAUUCUCUUAUAGUUUUGGAUACCGUUGGACUUGGUGUAUUCGUCCACAAAAAGACUUGGUCGUGCAUUUUGGGUGGUGCUGUGAGGCGAGAGCAACACUUGGGGUGUACUUUAAUCAUAUUUGGGGGGUAGACUUUUGGCUGUCAUUUGAGACCCCAAUAAUUUUAAUUCGCACACAAUGUAUGCACAGCGUGCAAUGAGAAAGCGAUCCUCCUCCAUUGCUUGCACAGGAGUCCUUGUCCGUGACACAUUUGUCAUAAAGUCCACUUGCCUGGGUAGUUCUGAAGACUGGACUAAGUCCAAUCAAACCAUCAAUAAAUUCGUAUCCAACUCAUUAGCGGACACCCACCCGUUACAGAGCCAUAAUAUACAAGAGACUGGAGGUUCCUUCGUCUCUUUCCAUUCUUUCCAGAGCAAAUAUGGAGGAAACGAAGCUGUGCAGAUACGUUAGCUCCUGCGUGAUCCUCACCAUCCUCGGUUUGCUUGUGGAUGGUGCCGUGUCGGAGGUUUACACGGUCGGCGACAGCGACGAAUGGAACAGCGGCGUAGAUUACGGCGUGUGGUCUCAGAAAUACAAUUUCAGCAUCGGCGAUGUUCUUGUGUAGUCUUCAAGUACAUAAAGGGCCAACACAACGUGUAUGAAGUGACCGAGUCGACGUUCCGGUCAUGUGACCCGAGCACCGGCGUGCUGGCCAAGUACACAAGUGGCAACGACCAGGUCACUCUCACCGAAACCAAGAAGUACUGGUUCGUCUGCAAUGUGCCCGGUCAUUGCCUCGGUGGAAUGAGGUUCGGCGUCGUCGCGAAAGUAUCAAACAACACUGGUACCCCAGCUUUGGUUCCGCAAUUGGGGCCUCCGCCGCCCCCGCAAAUCAGCAAAAAUGGAGCUUAUGCCUUAAGGGGAUUAAGCACGUGGGAUUAUCUGAUCCUGUUUGGCGUUUCAUUUCGGUUGUGUUUGGUAUGGUGAUCAAGAUUUUGGGACCAAACGGUGGGUGUUAGAUGAAGAUGUCUGAUCUAUUCUUGAGUUUACAUCUGACUCUUUCUUUCUCUCUUUUUUGAUAAGUCAAUAAUUUCAUUGAACAAGAACAAGGAGCAAAAUGCUGGAAGC